AUGGCAACAAUAGUCCUCGAUGGCGACUCUGACCACGACGAGUCCUGCAUUGUGGUUGCAGGCAGCAAGCGUGCCCGUUCCCGGGAACCCAAGGUAGAGAAGCAAUCGGCAAACGCGAAACCCGCCGGACCACCGGCCAAGAGACCGCGUGGCCGCCCCAGGAAGGUGAAAAGCAAUACCGCCGAGACGGCCAUUGUGCUGUCUGAUACUGGCUCGGAUCACGAAGAGGCACGCCGGCAAAAGGAGAAGAAAAAGGUCGAGAAAACAACAGCGAAGUCGUCGCCGACACCGGCGCGCAAUGUCAAUCAAUCACCCACGCGUUCUACCGUGACGCCGUCCGCGAUGCCCGCGGAUGUUGAGACUCUACAGCAGCAACUGGCAUCGGAGCGGCGCCUCCGAUAUGAGUCAGAGACGCGCGCCCGGGAGCUUCAAACAAUCAUGGACGACCAGGACGCGUCAUGGGCAGCCAGUCUCGCAGCGCAGUCUAUGCCACUGCAGCUCGAGAUGGAGAGGUUGACCACUGAGAAGAAGGACCUCGAGGCCAGUUGCAAGGACUUGAAGACGCGUCUGAACACGGCUCUUUCUAACAAACUGGGGAAUGACGUGGCUUCAGGACACGAGGCUUCAAACCCGGCCCGUGAUCAGGAACAAAGCGGACAUGUUGAGAUGGUUGAUCACGGAACCAUCACCGAGGGUGGGACCGAUGAGAUCGGUCGACUGCGUGACGUGGCCACUUCGCAGGCAAAGGACCUCGCUGAAGCCUAUAGUAAGGUCGCUUCCCUCACCAAGGAGCUGGAGGAUCUCACUGCACAGCACAAUAAGACCACGGAGACUAUCCGGCAGCACGAGACCCGCAUCCAACUCUUGUCUGACGAACUCACCAUAGCCCGCACCGCAGCCCCGGAUAACACCAACACCCACCACACUGUGGCUGAUCCCCAGACCCAACUCGACGCCGCCAUCAUCUCACGUACCCAAGCUGAAGAGGAGUUACAAGCCAUGCAGGCCCGUUGGAUUGAGACCAAGAACACCCUGAGUGUCCGGGACGAGCAGCUGGCUGAGCUCGAGAACCGGUGCAAAGACGCGGAGGAGAAAGUCCGACAGGGUCUAGUCGCGAUGGCAGCAAAGCGCAAGGACACCGCCGACAUCCUGCGGAUGAAGGAGGAGCAGCUGGCGCGCUCUGAGGAGAUCUUGGAGAAGGUCAACCGGGAUUUGGCCCUGGUGCAAGAUCAGCUGGCCGCCGCUGAGCAGGGCAAUGCCGCUGCUGAAACCCGCGAGAUCAUUAAUAAUCUCCAUACUGAGCGGAACACCCUUCUGCAGGAGUCCCAGGGCCGUUUAGCCGAGGUCCAGGGCUUGCAGAAGAAGCUGGAGGAGUUGCAGGAAACGCUUGUUGCUUAUGAGCGGCAGAACCAGCAGUUAGGCGUCCACGCGGCCGACCAGGAAGGACUCAACCAACAAAAGCUGGCUGCCUACCACAGCAUGAUCUCAACCCUCCAGCACGAGAAACAACAGUCCGAAACCACAGUUUCGCAGCUCCAGAACGAGCUUCAGAAUGUGAGAACCCUCCUCGAAGAACAAAAGAGAAUCGCAUCGUCCUUACAUAUGGACCAGCACCGCUGGACGGCCAUUUCUCGCGCCGCAGACCAUAAGCUGAUCAACCUCCAGCGCGACACCGACCACUACCGCGAGGCCGUUUCCCGCCUGCAGCGCGAGAACGACGCUCUCCGCGCCGAGUACACCAACGUUGUUAGAAAGGCCAAGGCACGGGAAUCUGAGAUGCGUCAGCAGCUUGCUAGACUCGGCCAGGACCCAGGGACAAUCUCGGCGAAUGCUUCCCAGGGUUCUCCCAGGGUCGACCAGAAGGUUGAGCUCGUUGUCAAAGAUGACGAGGUCAUGGAGCAACUCAAAGCCAAACUGGCGCAGCGUGAAGACGAUGUGAGACACAAAGACAGCCUAAUCAUCACGCAACAGCAGGAAGCCGACGACAUGAGAGAAGACCUGGAAGCUGUCCGGAGCGCGGCAGCCAAAUUCCAGUUUGAUGCCAACGCACAUCUUGCCGAGAUUGAGAAACUGCGGGUCGUGCUGGAGGAGGAGAAGAAGAAAGAGACGGCCACUAAACAGGCCCAGAUCGAGCAACUACAGAGCACCAUCGCCUCGCUGAACGCCGAAAUGUCACAUUAUAAGGAAGGUCUCACGGCACGCGAGGAGGAACUGCAGGAGUUGCACCAGCAACUGACGGAGCUCACGGCUGUGAACAAGCAGCUCCAGCGCACAAACGAAACGCAUGAGACUACCAUUGGUAUGAUGAACCAGAAUCUCAACGCCUAUACCGCCGAACUGGACUUUCUCAAGGCCCAGUCUAAGCAACCUACUCCAGCACUUGCCUCGGCCCCAGUGCCGAUCACGCCUAUCCAAUGCACUCAACCCGUCAACUCCCAACCAACCCCCAACGCCCCCUUCAACACCCCCAACCCCCAAGCCCAACCCUCCCCCACCCUCUCAAAGACCCGCGCCCUAAACCUCGAAGCAGCCAACACAACCCUCGAAGCCCUCAACACAGCCCUAGCCAGCAAAUCUGCCCAACACGCCGCGGACCAAGAGCGUAUGACGUGUGAGUUGAAGAGGGCACGGAAGGAAAGGGAUGAGAUUGAGAAGCAGAUGGAGAGGUUGGAUAGGCAGUUGGCGGGGCAGUAUGUCGCGCUUGCGAGGAUGAAGGCCGUUGUUAGGGGGUGGAGGGGGGUUAAGGAGGUGAGGGAGGAUACUCCCGAGGGGGGGGACCGAGGUGAUGGGGAGGGUCGUGAGGGGGGGGAUGAGCAUGGGGAGGAUCGAGGAGAUGGUGAUGACAUGGAGGUCGAUGGGGUGCAGGUUGAUGGGAUGGUGGUUGAUGAGAGUGGCCGUGAUGAAUUGGAGAGUGAUGGAAUGGUGAUCGAAACGGCCACCGCCGCGGGGGGGAAGGAACAAGACGACAAUGGUGGUGAAGCCAAGGACGGUGAGGCUGAGAACUCACAGAAAGAGGACAACCGGGAGUAG